UGGGUGUUGCUUCAAUUAUCAUCAUCAUCAUCAUCAAAAUCAAACCUUUAUUCGUUUUCUCUCAACCCUCUUCUUCUUCCUCCUCGUUCUUGAAAAUGGGUUCGAGCUCCAGUCGACUGGGUUCGCCCCCAUCUCGGCCCCGACCCAACCGCACCGCCAAUCGCUCCAUCCUCUCCUCUCUCGUCUGCGGCGGCUCCUCCUCUCGUGCAGCGCACGAGAUGGAAGAUCAUCAAGCUGAGCGUCUGGUGAGAUAUGUUGAGCAUUGUGAUCGGGGUAGUAAUCUGGUUCAGAACUCCACAGAUGUAUCGUCGUUGAUCUCCGGUACAGGGGCAGGGUUUGCCUUCCCUAAUACUGAAAUUGGAUCCUCAUCUCAAAGUGUUGUCCCAGCCAGUCAGGGUACUUAUUUUGAAGAAGGUUUAAGAAGUCUUGACUCAAGUAACCAGGGGAAGUGCUUGUCCAGGAGUAAGGAGCUCAUUUCUCAUCCGGUAAGUGCUGGUUGUAAUAGUAGGGAUAAUAUUACUGCAGCUAGUACUUCGUUUAAAGAACAACAAUCUCCCCAUCCAGUCUCUGUGAAUAGUUCAGCUAACAUGGAUGCAGUCAAUGGCUCCGCAGACAAUAAUGCAUCUCAGGCCUGUCCUGUGGUUAUGCGUCCAAGUAGUUCAUCUCCACAAGGGAUUGGAACUUCCCGUUCCGAUGACAUGUCAGUUGAGAAUAAUGUGGCUGACAUCAUGGAUGUCCAUAAUACUAAUGCUGACACUGCUUCUCUACAUGUUUCUGAUAUACCAUUACCUUUUCCCUCGCGCGGAAAUGAAACCCAUCGGGAGGCAAUACCUUCUGGCUUAGGAUUCAUUGUGUCCAAUAGGGAACAAAGCCGGGAAGAUGGAAGCGUAGUUCAUGUUGAUGUCAUGAGCAUUUCUUCGAAUUUUUUGUCCAGUAGUAAUGCUGACACAAGUAACCGUGAGUCCAGAAGAAAUGGUAGGCGUCUGUUUUGGGAUGCAUUUUCAAGACGCAGUUCCAGAAGGUUUAAUGAUUCGCCAACCAUACUUUUCUCUACUGAUGACACUGAGGAUCUAGGGUUUCAUGACAGAUGGCUACUUGGUUUGAGUGGUGAUUUUCUUGAUGACCGAAGUGGAGCUGAUUCUGGUCACCAGGUCAAUAGAACUCAUAACUUGAGUGAACGGCGCCGGCAGUCUAGAUCAGAGGUCUGGGAAAGGCUUCGUGGUGGCCUUGAUGGUAAUGGUCACCGCAAUACUACUUGUCCUACAGGAAUUCACCCUAGAGGCAUGUGCUCAUGUAGUUCAUUCCUGAUGACUGAAGAGUCUAGUGCUAGGGCUAGUAUAUCGAGAAUUGUCAUGCUUGCUGAAGCUCUGUUUGAGGUUUUGGAUGAAAUUCACCGCCAACCUGUGUCACUUUCUCUGUCUAUGGUCUCAGUCCCUGCCCCAGCAUCUGUUGUGGACUCGUUUCCUCUUAAGAGUCACACUAAGCUUGACAAGUUGAAGCAUGGGGAUGAUGUUGAACAGUGCUACAUCUGCCUCGCUGAGUAUGAGGAAGGGGACAAAGUUCGAGUUCUGCCCUGUCACCAUGAGUAUCACAUGUCAUGUGUGGACAAGUGGCUCAAAGAGAUACAUGGAGUUUGUCCACUUUGUCGAGGAGAUGUUCGUGAAGGUUUGAAUGAUUGUUCUGUAUCGAACUCGGGGAUUCCUUCCAUUUGAUAAUAAUUGUACAUAUGAAUCUGUAUAUAUAUUGAUGGUCCAUCGCAUUUGCAAUCACGUACCUAUUUGUCCGCUGCAGACAAAUACUAACUCAUUUUGUGCUCAGUGCUAACCUCAUGAUGCGGAUUUGUAGUACUUGUACAGAGAUUAAGAAAUACUAGAUAUGUUUAUCGAUA